AUGCCCACUCAACACACAGUCCCUGAUGGGCAGACUGACACUCCACACCCGAUUGGCAGCGUCUACGGUGUUACACCUCCCAGCGGACCGCGUUCGAUGCGGCGUUGCAUCUCUCCCCCGCCACUGAGAAGAUCCUCUACAGAUGGCUUCACGCCUGAGCCCUUCAAGACAUUGCACGCUUCUCACAUCGCCCACGUUCGUGACGAGUACGAAGGGAGAAACACCGCAUUCGGCAGCCACAGACCCAUUGACUCAACAAGCAACGGCUCAAAAUAUCCCACGAUAUUGCCUAAACCAUCUGAACUCGGUACUCUCCCCAUUCCGCGCACGAAUGCAGGCGAUAGUGCUGCUCGGGCUAAGGCCUUUCGAGCAAACGUUGAGUCUGAAAGUCGCUACGGACGCGGCGCGCCAUCUUUCAAGGACCAACCAUGGCCCGCCAGUCUUUUGAACGAAUUUGUACCGGAACCAGGGACAGCAGAUAAGAGAGCUUCCACCACUGCGAGACUUCACACCGGAGGUUACCCUGAUAGACAGCAAGAGUUGGCCGCCGGUCAUAUACCGAGAGUUGAGGAUGAUGCCCAUCACAGAUAUGCGAGGGUCCGUACUGCCGGUGCUGCUGACCCGCCGCAAAAGGACAGUCGACCAUCCUUUUCUCCAGAGAACGUCGAUCAUACAUUUUCUACCGUCCCGUCGUCUCAUGCGUCAUCACCACGAGUCUUGACCUCCCACCUCCCUAGGAGCCCUCCCUACAGCCCUCCUCUUACUAUCAACGGCGACGGGGCAGGGUCUGAACAUGCUAUGUUAUUUAACAAGCUCACUCAAGAGCCAAUUAAUCAACCUGUUAACAAGAGCAUCCCGUCCCUGGCAGACGUAGGACUAGCACGUUCUUACUUGACAGAGACGGCCUCAUCCACUUCGACAACGUCUCGCACUCAAAAUAUGUGCCGAGGCUGUCGGAAAUCUGGAAAUCAGCUUCUACCAUUAAUACCAUGCAGGAAAUGUCGUCGGGGUUUCCACAAAGGUUGUGGAGAUCCUAAGCCUUCUCAAAGUGCUAGCUCAGAAGACUUUGUGUGUGGAAGAUGCCUUAAAAUGGAACUAAAAGCUGGGGCUAGUGAUAAGUCAGAGGCACAAAUUCUACCUCCUGGGAAUUCCAUUGAAAGCCUCCAACCCGCAAGUUCAGUCCCUUCCUUCAGUCAUACAGCUGCUUCCGGGAUCAAGAAGGUGCAACCUAGCAAUGAAGUUCCAAUGACCAUCACGUGGGCUGGACCUCCACGUGACCUACAGGAGACGUCGAAGGCUUCGGGAGCUGUGAUUAUUGCGAAGCAAAGCGAUCGGUACAAACAUAUUACGUGUCCCUGGUGGCAAUCGAGCGAGUGUGUGCUCGCUGAACCUCAUUGCGAAUUUGCACAUACUGACACUGGUCAAUACGCUCCAUCUGGUGCACAACCUGCCAAAGAGUUCACUUGUUCCUUUUGGCUUUACGGGCGCUGUUACAGACGAGAGGAAGAUUGCUGGUACGCUCACGCCGAUACUGGCUUAUACAUGGGUCGCGAUCACCGACCAUCUAAAAAGCACAUUACAUGCUACUACUGGCACACAGGAUACUGCAGGCAGGCUAACGACGCAUGUCUUUUCGCACAUAAGGAAACCGGCAUAGUAGCAUGGCAGCCAGUCAAAGGACCUGAGACUCAGCCGGGACCGUACUCUUUGAAGUCGUACACCUGUCCUCGCUGGGAACGACAGCAGCCAUGCAGAUGGAAGGAUAAACAGUGUCCUUAUUCUCAUGCCCAAGGUGGCGUAUCCUGUGUCGAGGUGGAGGCAGCUUGCCGUCCUAACAAAAGCCUUCCAAAUCCGAGCAUGGGAGGCCGCCAAAGUACUUCUCAUCCACCCUCUGGGGAGUCUUCACUUCCAUUGUGGGCUAGAAGCGCACGAGAAACGCCAGUGAAGUUCCGAAAAGCCAGCUUUUCAAGUGACAGUAUGCCAAGCAAUCCUGUGAUGGAACCGAAUGACCAUUCACAACAGAGAUCGAGUGACUCUCCUACCAAGCCUCUGGAAUUCUCGAUUCAAGCCUCUGGUUCAAAUGCUACCGAGGAGGGAACAAUUGCAGAGUCCGCAAAGAGGCAUAUGGCUAAGAGAUCGCGUCCUUUUGAUUCACGCCCGCGAAACAUUCGCAACAUUGUACAGAAUCAACCUUCUCUCACUUCUGCGGCCCAACAAGUCAUAGAUAACGACAAGAGCCAGGACAGCGCAGCUACUCGCAAGCUGUGUACUGUCUGUAAGAAGACGACAAUCAACGCCUCUCAUUGUCCUGGGUGUAAAGCAUCAGCUGCCGGAGCUGAGUAUCCCACACCGUCAGUCGGUGGUGGUAUCACUCUGUCCCCAAUGCCUAUGUCGCCAUUCUCGGAAGAGCAGAGUGCUGUAAGGAUGUCGGAGGAAUUUCUGCCGCUCUACGCUACUCAGUCACAAGACGACGCGACCCUCCAGCAAGCUCUCGUUGCUAAUAGGCUGAAACGACAUGCAACGGACGAUCACUUGAAUAUAAUCAAAAGAUCUCGGCUGUCGCCAACAUCAGCCGAGCAGGCUCAGGGGCAAGAUGCUGUUACUAGCCUGCAGCCAUCCGUUAGUGAAGGCUCAGUCAUCGAAGAACGAGCACCUUUGACAAGCACAAGCCAGCAAACCCCUUCUAACAGGGGAAAGCCAGAUAUUACUCAGGCAAAGAUCAUUGACGACACGGUAGAGCAGUCCCACUCAGGUAGGUAUGUACAUCAGCUAGCGGCACCUCAGGCGCUCUCGAGUUUCCAGAACUCAAUGUCGGCUAGCCCUCACAUGUCUACCACACCCAUGUCACCUCCUAUGGCAAGAAGCGACAACAAGACCACACUGGGCCAGGAUGAACUGGUCACACGCGAGAAUGGUGGUAAAAACAGCUUUUCAAAAUCCGAAACUUUUCGACCUUCUUCCAAGGGUUCUCAUCAGCACAGGUCCGAUCACUCCCGUAUGGAUGUGAAUGGGGAGUAUGCGUCCAAUGCCACUGCGACAGCGUCGUCAGGUGCAGACCUGGUAUUGUCGAACGGCCAUUUUAAAAGAUGUCGUCGUUGCAAUCAGAGCGGAACCCACAAACGAUGUCUACACGAUAUGAACGGCCUUCUGAGCCCAACAAAAUGUUCAAUGUUUAUCAGCAAGUAUCACAUGCGAUAUCCCGGCCACAACACACUCACACGCCGAGAUUGGGAUAAGAUAGUUCGGACUGCGCAAGGUUCGUCGCAAGGCGACUCUCCGAUACAGACAUUGGAUGAGCUUGAAGAUGAAACUGUCGAUAUCGACGGUAUUCCUGGACGAAUAAAAGAUGACGGGCUGCGUAAAAUGGACCGUUCAUCAGGACAACAAUGGAUGCGGGCCGAAAGUGCACCCACCAUUCAACUCAGUGAAGUCAUGGGCCAUCUAACCGACCUAGUCCUAGGCCGACCCGUCCAACCAGGAAAACCGUCUGUUCAGCCGCGUUACUGGUCUAGGGCCGAUGAAGAGAAGGCGAUCCAAAAGCUACAAGCCCGUGGCGUCCAGUUCGAGUCAGACACAGGUAACGAGGAGGAGGAGGAGGAGCAGGAGGAGGAAGAAGAUGAAGAAGAAGAAGCAGAGAAAGAAGAAGAGGUUGGAGAUGAUUCGCCGCCUCCUCGACGAAUCGACCCCCUUUGGCAACCUCAGCGAUCGAGGGACUUGUUUGAGAUUGAUCGGAGUUGGGAUAGGAAAAUGGAACACCAAGUUGAUGCAAAGUCGGUUUCACGACCUCCUAAGAAGCAGAUUAUUGGGAAUCUGCUCAAGUAUCAGUGCCUCGAUCGGCGGCGCAAGUUUUCCAAUGCGCACCAGGAAGUCCGCCGAAGCGUACAGCAGGUUGAGGUUCGAGCAUGGGUACAGGUGGAUAAGAGCGAGGAUCCCAAAGAGCUACCCCAACUCGUGGAAGAAGAGGUGAUGAUGACAUUCGGCGAAUUCAUUGGCAUGCCAGAAGCGCCAGUCAUUGCACACGGCAAGCACAGGGACGAACUGGAGUAUACGGAUCGACACGAACGUAACGACCGCAGGGGCCAUGGUUUGGGCGAUGGCAUUGCUGCGCACCGGGCACGACGCAUUGGAGAAGAGAACAGAUUUCCUUUCGUGUAUACCAGUAGAUGA